ACGGCGUGGCAAUGUCGACUUGUGGCAGGAGCUUGCUAUGUACUAUGCUCGGCCUCUCCGUCCUGACGAUGGCCACGACGGCGAGCGCGAGCGGCGGCGAUGGGGCCGCGCUGCUCGCCUUCAAAGCCGAGCUCAGCGACGGCGGCGCGCUGGCGCUGGCCUCAUGGAAUGGCAGCACCGGCUUCUGCAGCUGGGAGGGGGUGUCGUGCACCCGCCGUCGGAACCCGCCGCGGGUGGUGGGGCUGAACCUGCUGAAGAAAGGGCUCGCCGGGACGCUCUCCGCGGCCAUCGGGAACCUCACGUUCCUGCGGGCGCUCGAGCUGGGAUUCAACUGGCUCCGCGGCGACGUCCCCGCGAGCCUCGGCCGCCUCCGGCGCCUCCGUUACUUGGACCUCGGCUACAACGCCUUCUCCGGCGAGAUCCCCGCCAACCUGAGCUGGUGCGUGGCCAUGGAGCAAAUGUUCCUCGACGCCAACAACCUCGCCGGCCGCAUACCCGCCGAGCUCGGGGACAGGCUGACGCAGGUCCAGGUGCUCCGCCUCAAGAACAACAGCCUCACCGGGCCUGUCCCGGCGUCGCUGGCCAACAUGUCGUCGCUGUUGCACCUCGCCCUCGCCAACAACCAGCUCGACGGCCCGAUCCCACCGGGGCUCGCCGGCCUCGCCGGCCUUCGACACCUCGACCUCGGCGUGAACAAGUUGCACGGUGCGCUCGCGCUCUCCAUGUACAACCUGUCGUUGCUGAGGACCUUCCACGUGGAAGGGAACCAGCUCCAUGGCAGCAUUCCAGCCGACAUCGGCAGCAAGUUCCCCGUCAUGAAAGAUUUCAGCCUUGCCAACAACAGGUUCACCGGAGGCAUCCCGGCUUCCCUCUCGAAUCUCACCACUCUCACAAGCUUGCAACUCUCGAUCAACGGAUUCACCGGACUCGUGCCUGGGGAUCUCGGGAGGAUGCGGCGUCUUCAGUAUCUGUACUUGUCUUACAAUCUCCUUGAGGCAAACGAUACGGAGGGCUGGGAGUUCAUCGCUUCGCUGGCGAACUGCAGCCAGCUAGUGCAGUUGAGCCUCGGCGUCAACUCCUUCGGUGGGCAGCUUCCCAGCGCAGUGGUAAACCUGUCAGCCACGCUCCAGUAUCUCUCUUUGUCAUACUGUAGCAUCUCUGGCAGCAUCCCUCAGGACAUCGGCAAUUUGGUUGGGCUAAGCGUACUUGAAUUUGGAAACACCUCGAUAUCCGGAGUGAUCCCUGACAGCAUCGGUAAACUGGUAAACUUGGUUCAACUUUCGAUGGAAAGGGCUAGGCUAUCAGGCCUCAUACCAUUGUCACUUGGAAACCUUACACAGUUGAAUGUGAUUACUGCAUACAGUAAUAGCUUGGAAGGACCAAUCCCCGCAAGCAUUGGCAAACUAAGAAAUAUGUACCGUCUUGAUCUGUCAGAGAACUACCUCUUAAAUGGUUCGAUCCCUAAGGAAAUUUUGCUGCCUUCCCUUUCUUCAAACCUGAACUUAGCUCACAAUUCAUUCUCUGGACCCCUUCCAUCAGAAGUCAGUAACUUGGUUAACCUCAACCAGUUGAUCCUAUCAGGUAACCGUCUGUCCGGCCAAAUACCUGAUACCAUCGGGAAUUGCCUAGUUCUAGACACAUUGAUGCUGGAUGACAACAUGUUUGAAGGAAGCAUACCACAAUCCCUGCACAAUGUAAAAGGGCUCCGGGUACUGAACCUGACCAUGAACAGACUGUCCGGUAGGAUACCUGAUGACCUUAGCAACAUUGGUGCCUUGCAAGAGUUGUAUUUAGCGCACAACAACCUGUCAGGACUGAUCCCAGCAUCUCUAGAGAAAUUAGUAUCGUUGCUCACAUUUGAUGCAUCAUUCAAUGAUUUACAGGGUCAAGUGCCGAAUGGGGGUGUAUUCUCAAACUUGACCGCCAUAUCUGUAACUGGGAACAGCGAGCUGUGUGGUGGAAUACCUCAGCUUCGCUUGGCUCCAUGCUCCACACAUCCUUCAAGCAUCAGCAAGGAAGAUAGGUCCAAGUCUCUGAUGAUUUCUCUGACAACAAUCGGAGCAAUGCUGUUGCUAGUUUCAGUCACCGUUACUGUUUGGAAGCUUAAACGACGACCGGAGGGUCAAGCUCCACCUACAGUUACUGAGGAAGGCUUCCAAAGAGUUUCAUAUCAGGCAUUGUUGAGAGGAACAGAUGGGUUUUCAGAAUCUAACUUGCUUGGAAAAGGAAGAUAUGGCUCGGUUUACAAGUGCGCUUUCGAAGGUGAGGAUACACCUGUGGCUGUAAAAGUAUUUGACCUUCAGCAAUCAGGGUCUUCUAAGAGUUUCCAGGCUGAAUGUGAGGCGCUGAGAAGGGUACGCCACCGUUCCCUCGUAAAGAUCAUCACGUGCUGCUCAAGCAUCGAUAGUCAAGGUCAAGAUUUCAAGGCACUAGUUAUCGACCUCAUGCCCAACGGGAGCUUAGAUGGUUGGCUUCAUCCGAAGUACAGCAUUGCCACUCUAAACAAUACUCUGAGCCUAACUCAGAGGCUGGAUAUUGCUGUCCAUGUCAUGGAUGCUCUAGACUAUCUUCAUAAUCACUGUCACCCACCAAUUGUUCACUGCGAUGUCAAGCCAAGCAACAUCCUUCUUACGGAAGAUAUGAGUGCCCGAGUGGGAGACUUUGGUAUAUCAAGGAUCUUGCUUGAAAGUGCAAACAAAGCUGGGCAAAAUUCAAAUAGCACAAUCGGAAUAAGAGGCUCCAUUGGUUAUGUUGCUCCAGAGUAUGGCGAAGGUUCUCCAAUCUCAACUGUCGGUGAUGUUUAUAGCCUUGGGAUAUCUCUACUUGAGAUGUUUACGGGUAGGAGCCCAACAGAUGAUAUGUUUAGAGAAUCAGUAGACCUUCACAAGUUUUCUGAGGCUGCUCUCCCUGAUAGAGUCUUGGAGAUAGCUGAUCCGACAAUAUGGCUGCACAAUGACGCCAACGAUAAUAUCACAAGAAGCAGAGUUCAGGAGUGUCUGGUCUCUGCCAUUAGGAUUGGCGUAUCAUGCUCGAAGCAGCAACCCAGAGAACGAAUGCCGAUACGAGGUGCAGCCAUGGAGAUGCAUGCUGUCAGAGAUGAAACCCUGAUGCUCGCUAGUUCUCUUGCAGUGGAACAUGAAGGAGAAAGAGAAGAUGACACGCUAAUAGGAUAUGCACCAACUAUCAGCAAAUAGAGUUGAAGAUUUGCCCUGGAUGUGAUAGACUGCAGGUGGCCACUUGAGUCACCAGAAAUAACCGAAUGAGCCAUGGUACCAAAGAGAUAUGUUUACCAGAGUGUAAAGUUGGCUAUUUCUUAAUAAAUGUGAUGCUUUUGUUC